UAAAGUUUUAAAAUCAUAGAAAAAAAACUAUUUUCUCUGACUAAAAAAUUUAACAAACAAUAGAUUUUUUAAAAAGCAAUGGACGACCCAGAUAAUCUUGAUAAUCUUAAAAAAGAAUUGGAAACUGAUUUUCAUAAAAUUUCUCUCCACGAAAUCUGUCAACGUUUUCAAACCGAUCCAAUCCAGGGUCUUUCCCAAGCUAGAGCACUAGAACUGCUUGAACGUGAUGGCCCAAAUGCCUUGACACCACCCAAACCUAUUCCUGAAUGGAAGAAAUUCAUAAAACAUAUGUGUGGUGGAUUUGCUGUUGUCUUAUGGAUAGGUGCUACUUUAUGUGUUUUAGCCUAUUUCAUCCAAGCUCAUCAAACAAACGAUCCAGAUGAAGAUAAUCUUGUUCUAGCUGCGGCAUUAGUAAUAGUCGUUUCCGUCACUGGUAUCUUCUCUUAUAUCCAAGAAUCAAAAAGUUCAAAAAUUAUGGAUUCCUUCAAAAAACUCAUUCCACCAGCUGCUAUUGUCAUUCGUGAAGGUAAAAAAUCUGUUGUUCAUGUUUCAGAUGUAGUUUUGGGCGAUGUGGUUGAGGUGAAAUUUGGCGAUCGAAUUCCAGCUGAUAUUCGAAUAAUCGAAGCUAGUAAUUUCAAAGUCGAUAACUCUUCGUUAACUGGUGAAUCUGAACCAGUUACACGAUCAGCUGAAUUAACACAUGAAAAUCCCUUGGAAACAAAGAAUUUGGCAUUCUUUUCUACAAAUGCUGUCGAAGGAACUGCCAAAGGUAUUGUCAUUAAUCGUGGUAAUCAGACUGUCGUUGGUCGGAUUGCUGGAUUGGCUUCUAAGUUGACUGUGGGAGCAUCUCCUAUUGCCAAAGAAAUUGAACAUUUUACAUUUUUGAUAACCAUUGUCGCUAUGACUUUGGGAAUUUUAUUUUUUGUCAUAACAAUUGCUAUUGGCUAUCGAUUUUUGGAAUCUGUUGUCGUCAUGAUGACCAUUAUUAUUGCAAAUGUUCCCGAAGGUCUUUUGGCCACCGUGACUGUUUGUCUAACUUUGACUGCAAAACGAUUGGCUGCGAAGAAUUGUUUGGUCAAGAAUUUGGAAGCUGUUGAAACUCUAGGCUCCACUUCGACUAUUUGUUCGGAUAAAACCGGUACUCUGACUCAGAAUCGAAUGACAGUCUCUCACAUGUGGUAUGACAAUGAGAUUAUCAAUGCCGAUACUACAGAAGAUCAAACUGGAGAUCAGUAUGAUAAGAAGCAGGCUUCAUUUAAAGCUUUGUCAAGAGUGGCAGUUCUUUGUAAUCGAGCUGAGUUUGCUAUAAAUCAAGAUGAUAUCCCAGUUAUGCGAAGAAAAGUCAAUGGAGAUGCUUCCGAGGCGGCUUUGUUGAAGUGUAUGGAGUUGGAAUUGGGUAAUAUCAUGGAUAUCCGCAGGAGGAAUCCAAAAGUUGGUGAGAUUCCCUUUAAUUCGACUAACAAAUACCAAGUAUCGAUUCAUGAAACUGAAGAUCCUAAUGAUUUGAGGUUUUUAUUGGUCAUGAAGGGUGCCCCAGAGCAGAUUUUGAAACGUUGUUCGACAAUUUUGUUGCAUGACGAAGAGCAACCACUUGACGAAGAAAUAACGAAGGCUUUUAAUGAAGCAUAUUUCGAAUUGGGAAGCAUGGGUGAACGUGUUUUGGGUUUUUGUGAUUUAAUGCUUCCAUCUGGGGAGUAUCCUCCUGAAUAUACCUUCAAUACAGAAAAUAUAAAUUUCCCAGUGGAGAAUCUUCGAUUUGUUGGUCUGAUUUCGAUGAUUGAUCCUCCUCGAGCUACUGUACCUUAUGCCGUAGAACAAUGUCGUUGUGCUGGAAUCAAAGUUAUCAUGGUCACAGGUGAUCACCCGAUCACUGCUAAAGCUAUUGCUCGAGAUGUUGGGAUAAUCUCGAGAGAUAGUGAAACAGUUGAAGAUAUAGCUCUUCGAUUGAACAUUGCUGUCCAUGAAGUCAAUCCAUUGGAUGCUAAAGCUGCUGUUGUACAUGGUUCCGAUUUGAAACAUCUCUCUUCCCAGCAGAUUGAUGAUAUCUUGAGAUAUCACUCGGAAAUAGUUUUUGCCAGAACCUCGCCUCAACAAAAACUUAUCAUUGUUGAAGGCUGCCAACGAAUGGGUGCAAUAGUGGCAGUAACUGGUGAUGGGGUGAAUGAUUCUCCAGCUUUGAAAAAAGCCGAUAUAGGAAUUGCUAUGGGAAUAACUGGUUCGGAUGUCUCGAAAGAUGCAGCUGAUAUGAUUUUACUUGAUGACAAUUUUGCAUCGAUUGUCACCGGAGUCGAAGAGGGUCGAUUGAUAUUUGAUAAUUUGAAAAAAUCCAUUGCCUACACUUUGACAUCAAACAUUCCUGAGAUGUCUCCAUUUUUGAUUUAUAUUCUGGGAGGGAUUCCCCUUCCAUUGACAACAAUUUCAAUUCUUUGUAUUGAUUUGGGAACAGAUUUACUCCCGGCAAUUUCAUUGGCUUAUGAAAAAGCUGAAACUGAUAUUAUGAAUCGAAAGCCUAGAAAUGCUUUAACUGAUAAAUUAGUCAACUCAAGGUUGAUUCUUAUGGCUUAUGGUCAAGUUGGAUCUAUUCAAGCUGCUGCUGGAUUUUGUUCUUACUUUAUUGUCAUGGCUGAGAAUGGAUUUCUACCAUCCAGACUUUUUGGUAUUCGUGCCAAAUGGAAUUCAAAAGCUAUUAAUGAUUUGCCAGACUCUUAUGGUCAAGAAUGGACUUAUUGUGAGAGGAAAAUUCUUGAAAAUAAUUGUAAUACUGCAUUUUUUGUGGCAAUUGUUGUUGUGCAAUGGUUUGAUUUGAUUAUUUGUAAAACACGUCGAUUAUCUAUUGUUCAGCAGGGGAUGAGAAAUUGUGUUUUGAAUUUUUCUCUUAUCUUGGAAACUGCAAUAACAUUGUUUUUAUGCUAUGGUCCUGGAAUGCAGGAUAGUUUGAAAAUGUAUCCAAUCAAGUUGAGAUGGUGGCUGCCUGGAAUUCCAUUUAGUUUGUUGUUAUUUUUCUAUGACGAAGGAAGGAGGUAUUUGUUGAGAAGAAAUCCAGGUGGAUGGGUUGAAAGGGAGACAUAUUAUUAAAGACAUUUUUAAAUAUUUAUUGAUUGUAACAUAAAAGUUUAUAAUUUUUUGUUUGUUGCAAUUUUGUUUUAAAUUAAAUUAAAAAAUUAAAUCGGAAAAGUUCUUUUUUUUAUGCUAUUUAUUUCAGAUCGCUUUUCAAACUUUCUUUGGUUAGACUUCUGGUGUCUGGGUUUUCUUCCGAAUAAAAAGUUUGAAUCAUUUUGCUGUGCCAAACCAUAGUGAGAGCAAUUUCCUACGAAAUUUAUAUAUUUUCUUAAUUAAAUUAAUGCUAUCAACAUUAUUUUAGCUUAUAGUUCUCUAAACAAGACCUUCUAGUUAGUUCAGUACGAGAACACUUAUUCCUAUUUGUCGUUCAGUUAUCCCAGUAGGAGAAACUGACUGUUUGGGGGAACAGACCCUUUAUUGACGUUUCGAAACUGCCAGCUUGAAUAUAAAACUCUAUAUAGAAACUUUUCUUUUCCUUCGCCAUUCUGCAAUUCACUUAAGGAAAACGACUGUACUCUACUAUUGUACUCUUUCUUCGGGUUUCGAUACCCCGAUUUGAAACUGUUCUAAUCGGUCGAAUUUUUGGGAAUUUCUAAUCUGGAUUAUGUAGAACUAAAGGUUUUCA